AUGUUAUCUGCUUUGCGUGUCUGUGUGCGCAGCGAUGUAUCGAAAUUCACUGUCCACCAGGCCAGGCGAUUCCUCCAGACAGAGUCCCGCGAGGCAUAUCUCGAGUCCGUGCAGACGCAUCCCGGCGUGUCAUUUCUGUCGCUAAACCGACCACAGGCAAAGAAUGCCAUUUCAGUGAGGUUGCUGAAGGUCAGUUCUUUUGGGGCCGCAGCCACGGACGCGUCCGAUGACGAUGGGGUUCAGGAGUUUCGUGAAUGUCUGGACACGGUGCAGUUCGAUCGCAGCGUCCGAGUUCUCGUCGUGCGGUCGUCUACGCAUGGCUCGUUCUGCGCGGGAGCCGACCUGAUUGAGAGGCGGACAAUGACGAAGCCGCAGGUCGACAAGUUCCUCCUCGACCUGCGUGCCGCGCUUGGUGUUCUGGAGACAUUGCCCAUGCCGACUAUCGCAGCUAUCGACGGGCCCGCCCUCGGUGGGGGCCUAGAGCUCGGCCUUGCGUGUGAUCUCCGUGUCGCAGGCCGCUCGGUGACGAAGAUAGGACUGCCAGAGACCAGGCUAGGGAUCAUACCUGGUGCUGGUGGCACGCAGCGGCUCACCCGCCUGCUUGGACUGUCGAAAGCUAAGAGCCUGAUCUUCACUGCGAAGAUGCUAACUGCUGCAGAAGCUCUCGACAUGGACGUCGUUGACUAUGUGUCCGCUCCCGACCAAAGUGCGGUCGACCGCGCCCUGGAGUUGGCGAAAGAGAUGAGCUCUAACGCACCACUCGCCCUCCGUGCGGCCAAGCAAGCAAUUUCGCGCGCUCCUGAACUGAGUCUGGAGAGUGGUCUUGAUUUCGAGCGAGCGGCGUACGAACCCUUGCUGAAGACGAGCGAUCGCGUUGAAGCGUUGAACGCGUUCAAAGAGAAGCGUCCACCUGUUUUCAAGGGUGAAUGA